CAUGGCUAAUCACAUCGGGACAUGGAGAGACAAAGCAGGGCAGCCAGACUUUGUGUGCAUCAUCAAUCCGCCAGUGCGUGUGUGGUGUUUCCAUGCGUGCAUGUGGUGAGGCAGGAGGGAGGGAGGGGUCUAUCCUGCAGGGAGCUUUUCCCUCCGUUACCAGCAAGCUGCCCUCCUCUCCUCCUCAUCACGCUGCCACUCCCGCAGCACUGGCUGAUCUGCUCGAACGGGACACUGGCCUGCACCUUACCCACUGAUUCUGCAUGACUGUCACAAAGAUGUCAUGGCGCCCGACCUACCGAAGCUCCAAGUUUCGAAAUGUCUAUGGGAAGGUCGCCAAUCGGGAGCACUCCUACGACGGUAUCCCCAUUACCAAGAACGUCCAUGACAACCACUUCUGUGCCGUAAACUCCAAGUUCCUGGCCGUGGUCACUGAGAGUUCUGGCGGUGGCUCCUUCAUCGUCAUUCCUGUUUCGCAGGCAGGCCGUCUGGACUCUCACUACCCAAAAGUAUGCGGCCACCAAGGCAACGUGCUGGACAUCAAGUGGAAUCCUUUCUUCGAAAACAUCAUAGCUUCCUGUUCUGAGGAUACUUCGGUGCGAGUAUGGGAGAUCCCAGAUGGAGGCCUGAAGCGCAACAUGACCGAUGCGGUGCUGGAGCUAUACGGCCACAGCAGACGUGUGGGUUUGAUUGAGUGGCACCCCACCAGCAGUGGCAUCCUCUUCAGCGCUGGCUACGACUACAAGAUCCUGAUUUGGAACUUGGAGAUCGGCGAGCCCGUAAAGAUGAUCGACUGCCACACGGACGUCAUCCUCAGCAUGUCCUUCAACACAGACGGCAGUCUGUUGGCUACCAGCUGUAAAGACAAGAAGCUGCGAGUCAUUGAGCCGCGCUCUGGGAGAGUCCUUCAGCAAGCCAGCUACAAGAACCACCGUGUGAACCGAGUGGUUUUCCUGGGUAACCUGAAGCGACUACUCACCACAGGCGUCUCUCGUUGGAACACACGUCAGAUUGCUCUUUGGGAUCAGGAGGAUCUGUCCAUGCCAGUGGUGGAGGAGGACAUAGACGGUCUCUCAGGGCUGUUGUUUCCCUUCUAUGAUGCUGACACACACAUGUUGUACCUGGCAGGCAAGGGAGACGGCAACAUCCGUUACUUUGAGGUUACCACAGAGAAGCCAUUCAUCCAGUACUUAAUGGAGUUCCGGUCCCCAGCCCCUCAGAAAGGAUUAGGUGUGAUGCCAAAGCACGGGCUGGACGUGGGGGCUUGCGAGGUGUUCCGCUUCUACAAGCUGGUGACCCUGAAGGGCAUGAUCGAGCCUAUUUCAAUGAUCGUGCCAAGAAGGUCAGACAGGUACCAGGAGGACAUCUACCCCAUGACAUCAGGAACUGAACCUGCGCUUUCUGCCAGCGAGUGGCUCAGUGGUAUUGACAGAGACCCAGUUUUAAUGUCCCUAAAGGAUGGCUACCACAGACCAAACAAGCUAGUGUUCAAGGCCCCAGUAAAGGAGAAGAAAGGUGUGGUGGUGAAUGGCAUCGACUUGCUGGAGAACGUACCACCCAGGACAGAGAAUGAGCUCCUGCGGAUGUUCUUCCGGCAGCAAGACGAGCUGCGACGGCUGAAGGAGGAGUUGACCACCAAGGACGUGCGAAUACGCCAGCUGGAGCUGGAACUUAACAACAUGAAGAACGUGAGCCCCAACAACAUUUGACCUCUGACAACGCCACCUGCUUUUCCUAAAGCACGGACCUCCAAUGAGCUUCUGAGCCCCUGCUCCAUGUUUGAUAGAUCCGAGUACGCCAUCGCCUAAUUCCUGCUGUCCUGACCCACAUACAAUACGGUCAACUGUAUGAUGGUAUUUUCCUGACUGCAAUGUUGUAAUCACGACAAAUACGUCUCAUCAUGAAGUAGGAGGUCACUGGGUGCCACCUUCGCAUUACAUGGAUAGGGAAAGAUGUUUACAGGAAUAUGCAUUGUUGUGAUGAAUUACUGAACAUUUUUUGUCAAACUGUUAAGGAUCUUACCUCAGCAUUUAGCCACUACGCUUAAAAAAAGCCCUUAGGUUCAUCGCCCACCUUUGUUAUUCUCUUUGAGGCCAUUUUGGAGGAUAAAAAGAUAACUGACUGCUAUUUUUCUUCCUCGAGGCCUUAAAGCGUACUGCUACGCGUUUGCUACACAAUCAUCUCUCACAUUCAUGUUGACUUUCUAAUUGUACUUGUGGACUCUGAUACCACUCCGUUGGAUGAACGCUAACUGCGCUUAUUUUUUUCCACAAUCCUUUUGUGACACAUGAGCGCACACGUCUUUCCUUUUUCUGUGCGUUUCUAAAGUGAGAAAAACAGUGGGAGCUAACAAUGCACAUAACGAGACGCAUCUAUUUUGACUAUAACGUCCUAAGAACCCUCCAAAAACCAGCAGCAAUGUUCUAUUUACAUAACUGACCUAUACGCUUGUAUAUAAACCAAGCUACAACAACAUUGUUAUUGGAGUAGCGACCGCAGAGAACUAUUUUUCUGGCGUAACGGGCCCACUCUAAAAAAACGCAAUAGGACACCAAUCUGUAAUGACUAGGAAACAAGAACAAGCAUAUAAAAAAACUAGGAAUAGGAACUAGGAACCAAAUGAUGCGUAAAGUAUGAGCCCACAUUCCAUGUUUUGUUUUGGACUGUGUUGUGAUAUCAUGUGCUCUGUGCUCCAUGUAUCACAAUCGAUAUCAUGGUGACUUACUCCAUGGACGGUCGUCCGUCUGGUCCAGCUUGCCUAGGGCGUCUUUUCCAGUUGAUUUUCGGUAGGUGGAAAAAGUUUGUACGACUGCAGCAUUUGUUGGCACUCACAAUUCUUUGUUCGUUGCGAUACAAUCUCUUGGUGCGAUGUCGUCCUCGCGAUAUCCGCGAAGCCUUUCCAUCCGUGGUAACACUGCAUGACACUCAGUGCAGACAAAACACUAUUUCUGUCAGCAUGGCUUGGCAAGCUCCACAUUUACACCGCCAAGUCAUGCCGGUCCUGACUCUCUCACCCCAUAGUCGACCACCAACAGCCAUCAUUUAUUCAUGAAUUAAUUUCUGAAAAAACGCGAUAUAGCGAGGGAGCGAUAAUCGAACCGCAAUAUUGGAAGUAGCGGAAGUAGCGGUCAAUGCGGCCAGGAAAGAUGUUCCGGUAUUGUUUAACAUGAUCAAAAUAGGGCAAAAUACUGAAAGUAUGACAUGUUGUUAUGAACGUGCCUGUUACUGCAUGGUCACAGCGUGCAUACAAAACCAUAAAACCUUGCUGGGUUUUUUAAGAGGGCUUUGUAGUCGAAAUAGGUGUGUCCCUUUAUGUGCAAUAUUAGCUCCCCCAUGCUUGCUGUUUUCUUAAGAACGCACAGAAAAGAGAAAGAAACGUGUGGUCAUGUUUCACAUAAGGAUUGUGGAUGAUGGGCAACAUUUUUUUUUUUUUACGUGCAGUUUUCUUUUAACAAGCAUCCAGGUAUGUGAAUCCCAGGCAGUCGACAGCACGGCCUACGCUUUUGGGGCUAAUUACGAAUGAGGAAACUUGUGUACAUUUUCUUGUAUUUAUUUGUCUUUUUUUAUUUUAUUUUAUUUUUUUUAUUAUCCAUUAACGUCUUAGGAGGGCAAGUAAUGAUUGUGAUGCUUGAUAGAUUUUGCUGAAUGUUUACAUUGCUGUGGAAGUGGCUCUUACAGUACAGUUGCACUCAAAAUGAUUCAAACCUAACCCUAACCCUUUUUCUUUCCAUUAAAAGUUACUAUGUUAAAUAUGGGGGGGUUAAAGUGCAACUGUAAAUGUUGGUUUAAGAUUUUUGAUCCUGACAACCAAGGUAGGUCCUGUGCAUACGUAACAUAUUUUCAAUAACCCUUCUUUUAGUUGCUAACUAUAUCACUGCUAUUACCGUAUACGCCAUGUUUACUACUACACUACUAGAUCUGUCCUUUUGCUCUGCCUCUGAUAGUAUGUUUUAAUCGUGUUUUAGAACAUACAUAUUUUUUCCUGUAGUGGCUGAAUAAUUACAGCCAAAGAAUCGCUCUUGGCAAAUUUAGAGACAAAUCACCACACGGAUCCUGUUAUUUGUGGACAUAGAAAGAUGUGUCAGCUGUGUGUGUACACAAUGAAAUGUAAACCUCCGCUGCAUUUUAGUAAACGUUGAGUUUGUUCUACACAACCUGUAUCACUGCUCAGCAUUUCUUCUUGACAGGAAAUGACAGGCGAGUUGAAGCAAAAUACGAGAUACUGUGGAGGGUCCGUGUAACUUUUGGUCAUUGAAUUAUCUUUUCAUGAACGGGAAUUAAAAAAAACAAACACGGUUGGUUCAUUUGAGUUUCAUUUUGAAAUACAGAAAACAAAAGUGGAAAUUCAAAGCCUCCUUAGCCUUCGGUGUCAAAGAGUAAUAACGAUAUCUCAAAAAACAAUUUUGAUUUUGAUUGUAUAUUUCAUAUGACAAAAAAUAAAAUCACCAGUCAACAAAACAAGAAAAGACUACGACGCAGUACGAGGACGAGU